UCUUCUAAAACCGAGCUUCUGUAAAGCUCCCUCUGUUUAUGCGUUUGAAAAACCAAGGAGGUUUCACACAUGGGUUUACAUGUUUCCUGAUUAGUGAGAUGACAACACAGCGCUCACAACUGACUGGAGCCGGCAGGGUGAUGAGAUCAAAGUAGAAUAAAGAGCAGAAGACAGAACGACAGAGCAGAUGACUUUGGAGACAAAAAGCCAUUAUUGAAAUUAAUAUGAUGGGUAGUAUCAGUCUGUUCAUUCUGCUGCUCCACUAUGCAUCCAUGUGCUGGGCUUUCCUGCCCAACUUCUGGUCUCGAGUGCUGACAUUGUCGUGGGACUCUUAUACACACCAGUAUAUGACAGAGCAGGCUCUGCACAACGUCACCUUGGAGACUAUUAAGAUGAUGCCUGACCACUUUGGUGGCCAGGAGCAGGUUGACCUAGGUCGGGCAUUUUGGAAAUCCAUGGGUGAGGUGGUCGGCGCCAAUGCUGCAAUGGACUUCCUGAGUUCUACGCGAUCUGACCCGGUGUAUCACUUUGACUCAGAGAGAGUAGAAGGAAGCACAGAGAUGAUGCGGGACUUCUGGAAGCAGGCAGUUCUGUUAACUCGGAAGAAGGAUUAUCAGGGAGCGAGAUAUAUCCUGGGACAGCUCCUCCAUGGCUUACAGGACUUUUAUAGCCACAGCAACUGGGUGGAAAUGGGACAGCAUACCGAAUACCUUCAUCUGUUGCACCCCAAUGAGCCGGCAGUACCUAUAGCUUCAGAGGACACGCCUACCUGUGCUGCAUGUCAUCGAUUCAGUUGCUAUAAUAAUUUAUUGGAAGAGCUUGUCAGGGGUUCACCAGAACCUCUUCUGACCACUGGAUAUUUCAGCACUUACCCAGCCAAACCUAUAGGGAAGUGCAGCCAUGGUGGUAUACUGGACAGCAGUCGUCACCAGGCAGCUGAGGGUGGCAUUAAUAAGGACAGCACGUCCCCUCUCUUCUCGCCACACCACUUCCUUCAUAAAGAGGCUGCGCAGCUUGCUUCCAAGGCAACUGUUAGAGUGCUCCAUGACCUCAGAGAUGAGGUGGGACCCAUGAGCUUCCUCAGAUUCCUCAGCGUCAAACAGCCUCCAGCCCUUGUGUUUGUCAUAGACACGACAGGUAGCAUGUUUGAAGAGAUCACAGCUGCUCGUCUCCGUGCCCUGUCCAUCAUUCAGGCACGAGCGAGGAAUCAUGAACCUGGGCUUCCUGGCACCUUCUUGCUCAUCCCCUUCCAUGAUCCAACUGUAGGCCCCGUUUUGGAGACAGACGACCCCAAUGAAUUCCAGCAGUUCAUGGAGAAUUUAAUGGCUCUUGGUGGAGGAGAUGAACCAGAGAUGUGUCUCUCUGCUGUUCAGCUGGCUCUGAUCCAUAGUCCACCUCUGUCUGAGAUUUUUGUUUUCACUGAUGCAUCCCCUAAAGACAGCCACCUGUACAGCACUGUCAAAGCUCUCAUUUUAGAAAAACAGAGCAAGGUUACCUUCCUGUUGACUGACGACCCAAGUCAUAGAGAGAGAGUGAUGAGCAAGAGGAAGAAGAGAGCAACCCUAUCUCCUGACAGAUUCUCUCUGUACUCCUCGCUGUCCUCCUUAUCUGGAGGGAUGACCAUCUUCACCACUAACAAGGAUAUCCAUAAAGCUUCAGCCAUCGUGGAAGACAGCACCACUUCCAGCAAGGUGACUCUGUUUCAUGCAGAAAGUGAGGCAGAUUCAUCACACUCCUUCACUAUCGACCAAGCAGUAAGAUCCGUCAGGCUCCAUGUUGCUGGAAAACUCACACACUGUGUCCUCAUCAACCCUAAAGGUGCUCGUCAGUCUCUUCUUAGUGAAGCAGGUCCUCUGGGUGCGCUGGAUCAGUCUGACGGUCUGUACCGAGUCAGCCUUCUGCCGCCUAUAGACCCUGGCCACUGGCAACUCAGCGUCACAUCCCAUGGACCUAUCACAUUUAAUGUCUUAGGAGAAAGCACAUUGGACUUUUUCUAUUACUUUGCAGUAGAGGCAAAUGAGACUCACCCAGGGCUACGGAGAGUAGAAGGCAGUCCUAUUGCAGGUGUACCAGCUUUUAUAGUGGUGGCUAUAACAGGCCUGUCCACCAAUGAUGAAGCUACUUUCAGUCAUGUGACCUUGCUAGGGUCCAAUGGGGAAGGGUUUCAAAAGGUAUUACUGAAUUCUUCAACUUCCAAUUGGUCAGGAGAGGAACUGGUUGGCUUCGUUGAGUCAGUUCCCAGGAAGCCUUUUAGUGUGUGUCUCUGUGGAAAAGACAGAAGUGGGAAUGAGCUUGAGAGAGUUUCCACUGAGAUGGUUCAGCCCACACAUGUACAUAUUAUGGUGCUCUCAGCACCUCAUCUUCUUCCAGGUCAUCACUCCACAGUUUUGUUUGAAGUGUUUAACCAUGGUCCUGAACGCCAUUUCAUAGUGACUGCUGAAGAUGACCGUGGCUUCCUCUCGCAUGGCAAACACCAAAGGUUGUUUAUAAAAGAGAGAGGAUCUGUGAGGGAGGAGGUCAGGCUGAUUACUCCGCACUCCACCCAGGCAGGUCAGACACUUACAGUGACCCUUACAGUCCAGGCACAUGACUCAUCAGAUGCCAACUAUGCUGUUGUAUAUCUUCUGGUUUUACCAGAGGAGCCUGACAUGUCUCCUCCAUCAUGUUCUGUGAUGCAAGUGAAGGCAGACUGUCCUCCUCUUUCUCAGUGCUUUCUGGGUAACUGGAGUGUCUACCUGACCGUGAAGGACAGGGGUCACUCUGGCUUGGCAAGCAUACAACUUGCUGUAGGACAGGGCACCCUCAUGCUACUCCAUGACGAGGCCAUUGGGGAAAAUGACAACUCUUUGAUGCAGCUCCCUGAGGAAACAUAUAUAAGUCCCCUGAAGCAGCUCCACGAGGAAGCAACAAGGCAUCAGCUGCACAGACACUCAGCACGGCUCAAGCAGACAGCCCACAGACUAGCAAAAGUCAGAUUAGUGCAUGGUGACCCUCCAGUAAACAUUAGUGAGUGGGCAAGGAGAAAGCACAUAAUGCUGCAUUAUACUUCAGAGUGCUGUGUCCCUCAGGCAGAGCUGCUUGUGUGGGAUGGAGCAGGCAAUAUGAGGAACUGCAGCCUGACAUCCAGCCAACAGAGGGGACUGAGAGAGAAAAACAGUGCAGCGAAUGGGAUUGCAUAUACACUUCUAACGCUUGUUUUAUGGACCUUGUUAGGAUUGGACACAAUUUGUGCAUAGCAAAGUUUGAAACUCAUCUCGAAAGUGCUUUAAAAUAAAUGAAACAGACAAAACAGGACAAUGAAUAAAAAGUGUUGGAUUUUGAAGAAAUCAUUUUGAAUAUUGUGUGGCAUGGUGACCUAACGUGUAGUGCUGCAGCUUCACAGCUCCACGGUCACUGGUUUCUGGGCUUCUUCACAUCUUCUCCCCAUGGGUUUCCUCUGGGUUCUCUGGUUUCCUCCAACCUCCCAAAAACAUGCCAGCAGGUCAACUGGCUACAUUACAUUUCCCCCUAGGUGAAAAUAUGUCUGCAUCCCAUCCAGGGUGUACUCACCCUGUGUUACUUGAAUAGGCUCAAGAUGCAUCCUGACCCUAACCCGGAAAAAGCAGUUACUCAAGAUGACUGAAUUUUGAAUAUUUUACAGACACUUAUGAUUUGAAUAUGUCUGGGUAGAUGUGUUAAUGGACCACUCAACAAUGAAUUAUAUUUAUAGCCAUUAACCAACGGUCAUCGACCCUGUUCCUGGAGCUCCACCUUCCUUUAGCUCUAACCAUAAUCAUGCCUGAAUGACCAUCUAAUCAAUGCCUUAAGAAGUUCUUGAUCAACCAAAACAGGUGUUUAACAUAUUUCACGUACAACCCAAAUUGAUUUUGGUUGUAGAUGAAACCUGCAGGAAGGUAGAUUUCAAGGAAGAGGGUUAGUGACCACAGCCAUAAACAAAAUACAUAUGUAUAAAAAUACCUAUAAAUAUGUAUUAUUGUCUUUACAUUUCGUACAUAAAACAUUCCACCCUGUUAUUGAUUAUUUUCUAAUAACAGCACAACCUAAGUGUUUUAUUCCACUUGCAC